AUCGCAUUGUAACUUAGCCAUGGAUUCUAGAUGGAAUUUAGGAUUUCUUUCUAAAGUUGAACGCCUCCCUAGUUCUUUUGAGCUGUGGGAAAGUAUCGCUAACGACUUACCAACUCUUUUGAAAGAUUCUGGCAAACAACUAAUAGAUAAAGUUGACCGUCUUCCAUUGAUUACAAUUGACGAGUCGUCGCUUCCAACAGAACAACACUGGAAAAGAGCUUACUGUGUUAUCACCUUUAUUUCUCAAGCAUACAGAUCUAUUGGUCAGUGCACAAGUCUACCUAGGGAGUUAGCCGUUCCUUUGGUUGCCGUUUCGUCACAUCUCGGCCUAUCACCUUCUCCGUGCUAUGCUGCCUUUGUUUUAUGGAAUUGGCAUCUGAAAAACCCGAGUGAGCCUCUUUCUAAAGACAACUUUGAGAUCGCAUUGUCCUUUACUGGUAGUAAAGAUGAAGCUUGGUUCUAUCUAAUUCAUAUGCGUAUUGAGCUUGCAGCUGCACCAGGUAUCAAAGCUGUCAUUGAUUGCAUUGAAGCAAUCAAGAAAGAUGAUCAGCAAGAAGUAAUGCGUUGCCUCAAGAUUGUCACUGAUUGCAUAUCUAGUAUCACAGGCAUUAUGAAAGAGAUGUACUACGAAUGUGAUCCAAGUGUCUUUUAUAACAAGUUGCGAAGCUUUUUUUCUGGAAGUAAGGAAGGAAUACAGUAUGAGGGUACUGAAGAUCCUGACACAUUUCGAACAUAUCCCGGUGCAAGUGGUGUCCAAAGUUCAAUCAUUCCAUUAUUUGAUAUAUUUUUAGGCAUUGAAUUUGAAGGUGGUACUAAAAGUUUCUUGGAUGGGAUGAAAGUUCGUAUGCCACUUGAGCAUCGUCAGUUUCUAACCGACAUGAAAAAUGAAUACAAGAAAGAUGAAUUUUCACACUCCAUUUUGAGGACCUAUGUAGAGCUUCAUUCAUGCAGCAAGGAUACUUACAACAGUUGUGUUAAAGCCUUAGUGGCCUUUCGACAGGAGCACAUUGACCUUGUGACAAAUUAUAUUCUUAAGCCAAGUAAUGAUACUGCUACAGAAGGAACUGGAGGGUCUACAUUAGAAAUAUUUUUAACAAAAACGAAAGAAAAAACUAAAUCAUUUGAGCUCUAGAGCUAUAGUGUAGUUUGUUAUCAUCUAUGUCAUGACCUGUGAGGCAGCAAAAAAUUAUAUAAACAAACAAAUUAAAAUUGUUAUGUUUUAGAUUUAUAUAGCCUGUUAGAUUUUGCGCCAGUUUCAUU